AAAAAAAAAAAUCAAUUUUNAAAAAGGAAUGGUGCAGAGUCUGUUAGAGGCGCUUAACGUGCGAGUCGUGGGCUCCGGCGAGAAGGUGCUUGUGCUCGCCCACGGCGUCGGCACCGAUCAAUCGGCAUGGCAGCGGAUCCUUCCCUACUUUACCCGCGACCACCGCGUUGUCCUCUACGACCUCGUCUGUGCCGGCAGCGUCAACCCGGACUACUUCGACUUCCGCCGCUACACUUCCCUCGACGCCUUCGUCGACGACCUCCUCGACAUCCUCGACGCCCUCCGCCUCGGCCGCUGCACCUACGUCGGCCACUCCGUCUCCGCCUCCAUCGGCAUCCUCGCCUCCAUCCGCCGCCCAGACCUUUUCACCAAGCUCAUUCUCAUCGGCACCUCCCCUAGGUUUCUGAACGACAGGAACUACCACGGCGGCUUCGCGGACGGCGAGAUCGACAAGGUGUUCGCGGCGAUGGAGGCGAACUACGCGGCGUGGGUGAGCGGAUUCGCGCCGCUGGCGGUGGGGGCGGACGUGCCGGAGGCGGUGCGCGAAUUCAGCCGGACGCUGUUCAACAUGCGGCCGGACAUCACGCUCUUCGUCUCGCGGAUGGUGUUCAACAGCGACCUCCGGGGAGUGCUCGGACUCGUCACCGUCCCCUGCUCAGUCCUCCAGACCUCCAAGGAUCACUCCGUGCCGGAAUCCAUGGCGGCCUACCUCAAGGAAAACCUCGGCGGCCGGACCACCGUGCACAUGCUCGACAUCGAGGGACACCUCCCCCACCUCUCCGCCCCAAACCUCCUCGCGCAGGAGCUCCGCCGGGCCUUGCCCCGCUGACGACGGCCGGGGAAUCAAAGGCUUGAUAGUACUUUUUGUUUUUCCCUUUUUUCUGUGAAAUGAGGAUAAGAUCACGCGCGUGAUCGGCACGUGUUGGUGUGGGUUCUUUUGUCUUCGGUAUAACUUUUUGUUUUACUUUCACCAAUCAAUACUGUCUUUUGCUUUCGAUGCCUUCUCCUUUUUUUCUUUUCUUCCUUAUUAUGUAUUUAUUUAUUGGUUGCUUUCUUAGUUGGGGUUGGUAGGUUUAGACUUUUAUUGUGUGGGGUAAUUAAUUAACUAUAUUAUUAUUCAUCGGUCCUUACCACUUGCAUUUUUUGGGGUUUAUUCUAUUCUAAAAGAUUGUCCUUUUUCUUCUUCUUCGCUGUUAAUUUCUAAAGUUUGACUGUCA